AUUAUAUGAUUUCAGAACCAGUUGACUUUAAUAAAAUUAUAGAAAAUUUUCAGAUUGAACCGUUCGAAAAAACAAUUUUAGACUUAAAUAUUUAUAUAGAUGGCCGUCAAUUUACUGAACUUAUGGAUUCUGCCGAAGAUAAUUUUGUGUACAAAUAUAAGUGGCAAAAAAAUAAUUUAAUAGUUGUCCUUAAAAGAUUUGAUGUUGAUUCAAAUUUAGACGAGAAAGUAAUUAAAGAAAUAUUAAAUGAGGUAUUAUUAAUGUUUAUCCAGUUAUAG